AUGGCCAGCACGUUCUUCAAAUCUAAACCCAUUGAAAAUAUUUGGGAUGCUAUGGAGAAGCUACUUGCUGGUCGAAAACAUGUUCCAACGAACAAGAACAGCCUCUUCCGUGCGCUGGAAAAAUUUGGACCUGUAGGACUGAUUCAUGUGGAUGCUCAUGCAGAUGCUAAUGAUACAAUGAUGGGAUGCAAAAUAGCCCAUGGUACAACUUUUAGGCGUGCUGUUGAAGAAGGUCUUUUAGAUCAGAGAAGAGUUGUUCAAAUAGGUCUAAGAGGUACAUCAUUUACCAGUGGAGUGUGGAUCAGGCUUGUUUUAGCAGAAGAAUGCUGGCACACUUCCAUGGCACCACUAAUGGAUGAUAUAAGGAAACAAAUGGGAAAAGGUCCUGUCUACGUUAGUCUUGACAUUGAUGCAUUAGAUCCUUGCUUUGCUCCUAGAACAGGAUGUAAAAGAAUUAAUCGCGAAAAAUUGCGGGUAACAUACGCUUUUUUGCAAAAACGUCGAAGCACCAGGAAGGACUUUUGCGAUCGUGACGAAAUUUGUGAGCAGUUUGGGACUUGGUUGAACCAAUUGCCUCUGCUAUCUCAGAUUGAAAUUCCUCGUUGGUUAAAUAUUGAUUACGAAAACGAAGAUACCGUAGUGCUCCACGUUUUUUCGGAUGCUAGUAAAAGAGCCUAUGCCACAUGUGCAUUUUUAAGAGCUGAAACCAUCGAAGGUGUAAAGGUUCAGUUAGUAAGCGCGAGAAGUCGAAUAGCCCCUAUUAAGGAACUUACGAUUCCACGGCUUGAACUUCUUUCCUGUCUGAUAGGUGCCAGGCUUGCCAAAACAAUUCUAUCAGAUUUGAAACUUAAGAAUUGUAGAACAGUGUUCUGGAGUGAUUCUUCUACAGCUUUGGGGUGGAUAAGAAGGGAUCAAGCAUGGGGUACGUUUGUUCACAAUCGAGUACAAGAAAUAAGAUCGCUUACCAGAAUAUCUGACUGGAGGCAUGUACCUGGAAGUUUAAACCCAGCGGAUCUCCCAUCGAGAGGAUGUACUAUUGAGCAAUUACAGAAAUCGGCAUGGUGGGAGGGCCCAUCGUGGCUUUACUUACCAGAAGACGAGUGGCCCCAUGUAGAAGAAAAGCCUGAUGAAGAACUUAUAAACAAGGAAAAAAGGAAAACGAUUCUGACUCUUCUAGAUCAUGGAGACAAUUUGGACCGGUACUACAAAUACUUCUCUUCAUAUAGAAAAACCGUGAGAAUGAUCGCUUGGAUUUUCAGGUUUUAUCACAAUUUAAAGAACAAAGAUAAAAACCUCACUCCUGAUGUCUCAGUUGAUGAAUUGGAGAAUGCUGAAAAGGCACUUUGUAGAUUGGUACAGAAAGAAUCAUUUACAGGCAUAAACGAUCCCGCUAUUCGUGCGCUGAGACCAAUCGUAGACCAAAAUGGAAUUUUAAGAGCCAAAACGAACGUCCUACAGCGUCAAGAUAAUGAAAAUUUCCGAUAUCCUAUCAUUUUACCUUCAAAACACCUUCUUGUUGAGAGAGAGACUAAUUUACGAGAAACAUCUAGAACUCCAGCAUGCUGGUUGGAAGUCGAGCCAGGAUUUCCACCCGAAGAUCGAGUCAGAGAAGGGGCGACUUUUGAAGUCGUCGGUGUAGAUCUAGCGGGUCCUCUCUAUCUCCGUGAGGGGUCUAAAGCGUGGAUAGUCUUGUAUACAUGUGCCAUUUAUAGAGCCAUUCACCUCGAACUAGUUACUUCUCUAUCUACAGAAACUUUCAUCCAAUCUUUACGUAGAUUCAUUGCCAGAAGAGGUAGACCUUAUGUGAUAUAUUCCGACAACGGAACUAAUUUUGUAGGGACUAACAGUGUUCUUAAGAAAGUUAAUUGGAACGCCAUAUGUUCAGCUGCUUCUAUCCAAAGGAUACGAUGGAAGUUCAACCCUCCGACCGCCGCCUGGUGGGGAGGUUGGUGGGAGAGGCUUGUGCGAAUGGUGAAAGAAAAUUUAAGAAGAGUGUUAGGUCGAACGUCCUUAAAUUAUGAAGAAUUAUAUACUAUAUUAUGUGACUGUGAACAAGUGAUUAAUUCGCGACCUAUCACAUACGUAUCAGAGGAUAAUCAAGAUCCAUCACCACUGACCCCUAUGAUGUUUCCUGCAAGAAUUGCCGUCAUCAGGAGUUCCUGA